ACCAUCUGCCUCCAAUACCAGUUGGUGUUUGAUUACUCAGACCAGUUCCUUGCCAACGAUAAUGGCCGCAUGAACACGUACUACUGUUGCGGAGACAAGACGGGCUACAACAUGGAGACUCUGAUCCGAACUGAAAGGUGGGCGCAAUUGCUCACAAUCGAACAGGAACACGAGCAGGAAGGAAUUCGCCAAGGGUGUUGCUAUCAUUUUGGGACGAAAUGCACGCCCGGGAAGGAAAGCAUCUUCGUCGAAUGGAUCGACUUCUCGGCCGUCCCCAAACAAGCCUGGCACUUCGAGACCGUCCACCCGGAGUACGACAUCAAAAACCUCAAGACGCUGCACGCCCGGGAAGGAAACAUCCUCGUCGAAUGGAUCGACUUCUCGGCCGUCCCCAAACAAGCCUGGCACUUCGAGACCGUCCACCCGGAGUACGACAUCAAAAACCUCAAGACGCUGUGCAGGGAGACUAUCCUGACCAAAAG